AAAAUUUUCUAAUUGUUUCAUAAAACGGAAAAAUAAAAAAAACGAACAUUUUUUUUCUGAAUUUUCUGUUAAAAUUGGAAUUGUUAAACCUUCAGUUUUCACAUGCAUCAAAUAAACGGUUGAUAAGUGAACAUACCCCGUCUUGCUAACCUUCGCUUCUAUAUUCUUUUAUUAGCUAGUCCGCGUUUUCUUAUGUAAAUUCUUCAUUUGCUGAUUUUUCCUUUAUUUGUUUUAUCAAGUUUUUCACUUCAUCUAUAAUUAUUUACAUUAUUAUCUAUUGAAAAUUCAUAUAUAAAGCAAAUCAGUGCUUUGCCAUGAUACUAACCGUACCGCUGCUUGGGAAGACAACUUCCUUGUUGGGAUCGUUAGUCAGCAAAUUCAGGCAAGUUAUACACAAACAUCCUCCCACUAAAGCAACAAUAAUUAAUAAAAUGCACGAUAACAUCUCUGAUCCUUCAAUGCCUGCAUUUACAACAACAAUGCAAACCAUCACGAACGUUUCCCCGCCUUUAAAUGAAACUAAUAAUAUAUAUAGGCCAAUUACGGCUGCAAAUUUAUGUUUGAGUAGCACAACUAAUGCGACAAAAUCUUUAGAGGAACAAGUCGGUCUACCACCAAAGCCCAAGAAACCUUUAACGCCUUACUUUCGCUUCAUGGCCGAACACCGUGCUAAGUUACGUGCUGAAAAUCCAAAAGUUCCUGCCAUCGAGUUAGUGCGUAUGAUAUCAAAAAAGUGGGAAGCUUGCGAUCCAAGUAUAAAAACACGGCUUCAAGAACAAUACAGCAUUGAUCGGCAAAAAUAUAUAGAAACUCGUACAAAGUAUGAAUCAAAUAUUAGCGAUAAACAACGUAAAGAAAUCAAAGAACUUAAACAAGAGAUCAAAGAGACUAAAGAGAAACGUAUAAUGCGUAAGCGUGUGAAAGAGUUAGGACGUCCGAAAAAGCCAGCUUCGGCGUUUAUCAAGUUUUUAUCGAAAGAAAAAAUGAAGUCGCCGCCACUUCCUCAGCAACCUUGGCGCGAUUGGUUUAAGCAGACGACAGCUAAAUGGGCGCAACUAUCUCAAGACGAAAAAAACGUUCACCUACAAGAAUCCCGUCGAGAAAUUGAAGUAUAUAGAAAAGAACUAACUUCAUGGGAAGAGAAAAUGAUACGACUAGGCAAUGUUGAUGUUAUACGUCACGGUAGUCUUAUAGAUCCUCCCGAGCCUAAGCCAAGGUCACAGAAUAAGCUAAAGAAAUAAUCAAUUUUUUUAAGUUUAUUUAAUUAUCUACGACCAUUAAGUGGAGAAUUCAAAUACCUUUUAUUGUUUUUGUCUUCUUAAAAAAAAACAUUAUUUCUGAAUCAUUGCUUGUUUAUGAAGAAUUAUAUUAAGUAUCGAUAAAUGGAUAUACUUAAUUUUUUUUAUUUUGUUAAUUUUAUUAUACAUAUAUUAAAAAUGAAAUCAUUUUUGAAAUUCAAACAAUCAAAUUUUCUUACAGACUCAUGUGAAUUCUGAAUAUAUAGAAAACAGGUCGCGAAUAAGAUCGCCACCCAUU